UUGAAAUUUUUUUAAAAUUAAUACUUUUCGACGGAAAAUUUGAGGUUUCUCCACCCUAAGUUUUGUUAUUGUUGGUAUCUCCUGAAAAGUACAAAAAUCGGACUCAAAAUAAAGGCUCAGAAGGAAUUAUAAAUUUUCAAGGUGUUCGGUUUGCUCUUAAAAUAUUUUGUUCCUAGAGUAAAAGUUUUUUUUUGUUUUUAGAUUAAGAUCCAAAAGAAACCAUGCAAAAUUAUGAAUCAUUAAAUGAUGCAGGCACUCACGAACAAGACGAACAAGCUAUAUUAUUCCAUACAGCAGAAACAACUAGGUCGAAAUGGACUCACAUAGAUGAUUUAGAUUCAUUUUUCAGUCGAAUGUACAAAUACCAUCAAAAACAUGGAUUCACCUGCAUGUUGCUACAAGAUAUUUUAGAUUUAAACAAAUUCGCAUUUGUUGUAGUUUUAACAACAUACCUUUUCCAUGGAAUCAACUACGCGACAUUGUUUGGCCAAAACCCACACCAACAAAACAACUCGAAAAUAUCUCUUAGUGAUGUUAUUUUAUCACCUUCCGAAUGUAUAGCAAAUUUCACACUUGUCACUUGGUGCAUGAACAUUAUCGCCUUCACGGUUAUGAUAUUAAAAUUUUUAACAAGAUUUUAUCAACUCAUCCAUUUCUGGGACAUCAAACAAUUCUACAAUACUGCCCUAGGUAUACGUGAUAAAGAUUUAGAUAAUUUAACGUGGUCUGAUAUAAUGGAGAAAAUUAAAGAGGUACAAUUAGAUAUACAAAUGUGCAUACAUAAAAGGGAAUUAACGGAAUUGGAUAUCUAUCAUCGAAUAUUGCGACAAGAAAAUUAUAUGGUUGCUAUGGUGAAUAAACAUCUUUUUCCGCCAAGGCUCCAGUUACCUGUGGGAGGUGAAAUAGUGUACUGGACCAAAACAUUAAGGUACAACAUCCAAGGUUUGCUCUUUUGGUCACCUUGGUCUCCAUUCGAGAGCCCGUGGCAGUUGAGGGAAGAAUAUAAAAAGCAAAAUUUAAGAAACGAACUUGCAACUCAAUUAGGCCGUAACAUUUUAUGGCUGGCGUGCAUAAACCUCUGCUUGGCACCAAUCAUAUUUCUGUGGCAAAUUUUGUACAGUUUUUACAGUUACGGAGAAUUAAUUAAACGGGAACCGGGACGAAUGGGAAUAAGGAAUUGGUCGCUAUAUUCGAAAUUGUACUUUAGACACUUCAAUGAGCUCGAUCAUGAGCUACAAGCUAGAUUGAUACGAGCUUAUCGCCCCGCUUCGGAAUAUUUACAAGCUUUUAACAGUCCGAUACUUACAGUCGUCGCGCAAUAUAUCGGUUUCGUGAGCGGAUCGUUAUUCACGGUUAUAGUUGCUUUAACGAUUUACGAUGAAGAUGUUAUUGCUGUCGAAAACGUUUUAACUAUCAUGACUGCCCUCGGAGGAUUGACAGCACUUUGUAGAUCUUUAAUACCCGAGGAAACGACGGUAUGGUGCCCGGAACAGUUACUGGAAUGCGUCGUAAUGCAUACUCACUAUUUGCCGGGUGAUUGGAAGGGAAAUGCGCACACUUCGCGCAUCAGAUGGAAAUUCCAAGAAUUAUUCCAAAUGAGCGUACUAGCGAUAAUAGACGACAUGUUCGCUCCUAUAUUGACGCCUUUUUUAAUGUGGAGAUGGGUGUAUCCGCGAUCGUUAGAAAUAGUUGAUUUUUUUCGAAAUUUCACCGUAAACGUUGUAGGGGUUGGCGAUGUUUGUAGUUUCGCCGAAAUGAACAUAAAAAAACACGGUAACCCAAUGUGGCAAGUAGACGGAACAAUGGGAGCAGAAGAUCAGUACAAUCAAGCCGAAGAUGGAAAAGUUGAACUUUCCCUCGUACAUUUCGCCGCUACAAAUCCGAAUUGGGUACCACCACCAGAUGCACAAGAAUUCAUCGAGUCCGUACAAGAUGAAUUUGCGGAAAUGUCGGUACCGUUGGAAUCGGAAGCUUUGAUGUUGGGCGGUAGCGUUACUAAUACCGGUAUGGCUAAUUUCAAUCAGCAGCAAGGUUUCACUUUAAGCGCGGAAGAGAGAAGCAAGAGGAAAACAGAUGCUAACGCUACCGUUACUCUAGUACUACCCGAUGAUAUGGGAAAAAGCGAAACGAACCUAAUAGAAGAACCAGCAGCGGAUCAAGAUUCCCGCACGAGCAGCCGCGCGGCGAAAUCUGUCGUUUGGUUUACACCACCACCAGAUCAACCACAAACUAGCACUAGCAGUUUUACCGCUUUGCGGGAGAAACGGAAGUCGGUGGCGUGGCUCGAGGGGCCGGAUAUUACCGCGUCUACGAACAUGACGAAGAGCACUAUGGUGCUUCAACAACGUAACGCUAGGGCGAGAAUAGUAAAUGCGAACGCGAGGUCUGCGGAUCAGUUUCAAGAAACUACUCCUUUGUUGUCGGAGAGGCGGCCUAGUCCAUGA